CGAUUUCGUCACUGAUAAGUACCUUUUACCCUUUAAUUUUCUGUAUUAGUUUAAUGUAUAAGUUAUUCUGGGAUUUAGAGUAUUUUUUUCUCAAUCACUACUAUCAAAAACGAAAAAAUAGAUAAAUCCCUAAAUUUAUGUAUAUUUAUGGCCCUAGUUGAAAUUUGCUAUUUUUAAUUUUCCUUUUAAUUUGCAUGAUCCUUUGUAAAUCUAUAUUUGAUUUCCAUUUUAUAUGUAUAUACAGUCUGCGGUUUCUACAUGCAAUAUAUAUACAUGAAGAGCUGGAUAUUUAAAGAGCUUGAGCUUUCCAUUUCCUGAUAAUUUGCAUGAUCCAGAUAUGUGUGUGUGUGUGUGAAGAGCUGGAUAUUUAAAGAGCUUGAGCAGAAUAAAUUUGAAGAAAAAUACAUGCAAUAUACUUGAAAUAAACUUACAUAUAUAUAUUAUGUAUAAGGGUUUUAACAAAACAAUUAGGUCUACUGUGGAUUACAAAUGCCAUAAAGGUAAGAAAUCAUACAAUUUUUGUAAUUGAAAUGUGUUCAUACCUGUGUUUGGUGUCUUUUGUUUCCUCUUAAAUAAUAAUUAAUUCAUAAAGUAAGAUAAUGUUUAACAUUGAUGUAUGAUUUUGCCUUUUUACAAAAAAUAAAAAGAUAUAUUACAUAUGUUGUUACUACAUAAUAAAGACAUUGAUGCUCUUUCUGUCGUUGUCAGAUGUCUUUGCUUCUUUUCUAUGCUAGGUACGGAUGUAGGUCUUGAAUAUUAUUUUGUUGAUCUGUCAUCUUUUAGUUCCUGAAAUUACUAAAAAUAUACUAUACAAUUAAAAUGUUCCUGCUCUACAUUUAUGGCUGGAAGUAGACUAAGAAUGAAGAACUAUCUUCUUUUCAAUACCUGGUAAUAUCAACAAAGUAAUUGACAGCAGAAAUAUAAUCAUCAUAGUGUUUUCCAUUAAGAUAACAAAAAGCAAAUAGGAAUGAAAUUGUUCACGCAGUUUUAAAAAAAUGUUUUUCAGAAUAAUCUCCAAGUCACCAAAUCGAAAACCAAAAAAAAAAAACAUUUUUUGGAAGAACCAAAUUUAAUCUCUCUACAGCAGCAUUUCCUUCUUGGUAGUUCAUCACAAAUUUUGUAUUAUAAUUUAUAAUGUAUUUUGUAUUUUAAGAAUCUUAUUCGUAUUUGAAGUUUGAACCUUGUAUUUUAUACAUUUUUUAGCUCAUUUUACUGUGCUUCUUCGCCCCCACUCAAAAGAAAUCUUGGCUCCGUCCCUGACUGAAUGUAUAGAGUUCAUCAUUUGUUAAGCUGUUAGGCAAUCUUGAUUAUCAGGUUGGCUUUUGUGCUUUGAGAUGGCCUUUUUGCAAGACAGCUUGACUAAGUUCCAGAAGCAACAAGAGAAGUGCCAAUCAACCCUUUCCAGUAUUGCAGCCAAAGCAGGAACUUCUAGGCCAACUCCUUCAAAGUCUUCCAAUUCUUCUGCAAAUGCAAAACCUCCUGCCCCUGCAGUUAAAUUUUCUAAUGACACAGAAAGACUCCAACACAUUAACACCAUUAGGAAAUCCCCAGUGGGAGCCCAGAUCAAACGGGUUAUAAACUUGUUAUUAGAUACAAGACAAGCUUUUACUCCGGAACAAAUAAAUGAACAAUGCUAUGUUGAUAUCAAUGCAAACAAGGCUGUAUUUGACAGUUUGAGAAACAAUCCUAAGGUCCAUUACGAUGGCAGACGAUUCUCUUACAAGGCCAAGCAUGAUCUGAAAAACAAGGAUCAAUUACUGACCUUAAUACGGAGAUAUGGUGAGGGUAUCCCUAUCAUUGAUCUCAAGGAUGCAUACCCAACUGUCAUGGAGGACCUGCAAUCUCUGAAGGCCGCUGGACAAGUGUGGCUGCUGUCAAAUUUCGACUCUCAGGAGGACAUUGCCUAUCCAAAUGACCCCAAAGUCCGCACCAACAAGGUCGAUGAAGAUAUCAAACAGCUCUUCCUGGAAAUCGAACUGCCCCGUGACAUGCUCGACAUUGAAAAAGAUCUCCUGAAAAACGGAAUGAAGCCCGCUACAAACACUGCAAAGAGGAGGGCAAUGGCACAGGUCCACGGCAUGGCCAACAAGCCCAAAACCAAGAAGAAGAAGCACGAAAUCAGCAAGAGGACCAAGCUUACAAAUGCUCAUCUUCCAGAGCUCUUUGCAAACCUCAAAUCCUCUAGUUAAUGAUGGUGAAUUAAGCAUUUGGAUUUUUUUUUUCACAUAUGUUCUAUAAUGGCCUUUGGUUCUUCCCAUGGCAGUGGAUGAGGAGUGAUUUUAAUCAGUACUGUGAAAGUUCAGGUGUGGCCUGGUUCAUCCUAUGUAAUGUUCUCUGUCUCCAUUCAACUGAUUUUUAUAUUUUCUUUAGUAUACUGCCUUUAUAAUGAGUAUACAUGAGAUUGUAACUGGUUAUGUCCCAGGCAUCUGUUUCAAUAUGCAUGGACUAAACAUUAUAAACUGAUAUUUGAUUAUCCAUUUCUGCAUUUUAAGAGCCAAAGCAAAUUUCUUGGAACUAAAGAUUGAUAUUUUAGCACUAGUGUAGUGUAGUAGAUUAUUACAACCCUUUUUUUCAGCUUUGUGUGUGGAGCACUAUUUUGUGGAAAAUGAGAAGAUCAGUUCGCAUCCAGUUGCCCGGUGGUGAAUUGCCUUCAGGAGGUGACACACAAGUGAUGUUCCAUGUUGACCAAGUUCACUUGCUAGUUACACAUGAAAGGCAAUUGGCAAUAUAUGAUGCAUCCAAGAUGGAACUCGUACACCAGUGGAUCCCAGGUGUUUUUCUGUCUCCGCGGAUCUGUUCUGCUACAUACUCCUGCAACAGCCAACUAAUUUAUGCAUCCUUUAUUGAUGGAAACAUUGGAGUGUUUGAUGCCGAUACCCUAACACUGAAAUGCCGUAUUGUUCCAUCUGCUUAUUUACCUCAUCAGCUUGUAUUGAAUGGAAGAGAGGAUGUGUAUCCAGUUGUGAUUGCAGCACAUCCACAGGAACCCAACCAAUUUGCAAUUGGAUUGACAGACGGAUCUAUUAAAGUCAUAGAACCAUUAGAAUCCCAAGGGAAUUGGCAAGUAUCUCCGCCGGUAGAUGAUGAGAUGCUCAAUGGUAGAUUGGUAUGGCAGCUUCUUCGUCGAACAUUCUUUGCCUUGGUUUACAUGUGUGGGUGUUAUUCAAAUGAUGAUUCAAACUCGUGACCAGUAAUAAUGUUGCUCAGCUCGGUGGUUUUAACUUACAGAGUAUUUGAACGCCUGAAGGAGCAGGUUGAGGUCAAAGAUGAGUGUGAAGGCCUGAAGCGGUCUUGGAAUGAUGCAAUGUUGGAGAAUGAGAUUCUCAAGAGAAAGCUAUUACAGGCCUGGUAGUCAAGGGAGUUGAGUUGUAACAUCCAUUGUCUCCUUUUGGUUGCACUUGAAACUGAUGGAGCUUAAUAUGUAUCAAAUCUUUUCCUCUUGUUGUCCAGCUAGCUAGCAAUGGGCAAACUGAGCUUGUCUCUCG